AUGGAAAUUUCUUUUAAAGGAAAGCGUAUACUUGUUACCGGUGCUGGACAAGGAAUUGGCCGAGGUAUUGCAGUUGAGUUGUGGCGAGCUGGGGCAAACAUAGUAGCUCUUUCGAGAACUAGGGUCCAUUUAGAAACCUUACAAAGUGAAUACCCCUCUAUCGAUAUCGUAGAUGUUGACUUAUCUGAUUGGGAAAAAACUCGAGCUGUUGUUGAAUCUCUAGGACAUUUUGAUGCAUUGGUCAACAAUGCGGCAAUAGCUAUAUGUGAACCAUUUCUUAGCUGCACCCCUGGUGACUUUGACAAAACUUUUGAUAUAAAUGUAAAAGCUGUUCUCAACAUUAGCCAAGUGGUUGCUCGUAAAAUGGUAGAAAAUAAGACCCCUGGUGUUAUUGUAAAUAUAUCUUCUCAAGCUUCCAAGGCAGCCUUGAAAGAUCAUGCGAUAUACAGCGCGUCCAAAGCCGCCCUAGACGCGCUCACACGCGCCAUGGCUCUCGAAUUGGGCCCUCACGGUAUUAGAGUGAAUGCCGUCAACCCAACUGUUAUAAUGACCGCUAUGGCAAAAGUGGGAUGGGCAGAUCCUAAAAAAGCAGCUGAAAUGAAAUCCAAAAUACCGCUGGGAAGGUUUGGUGAAAUUUCGGAAGUGGUGAAUGCAGUAGUUUUCCUGCUUAGUGAGCGCUCAAGUAUGAUCAAUGGAGUUGAGUUGCCAAUCGAUGGAGGAUUUCUUGCCACA